AUGAGGAAAACGUCGAUGGGGAAGCCUCCCCAUCGGGACGACGAGCCCAAGCCUGCUUGCGGAAUAACGAGUGAGCUCAAUUCUCUCAUGUCCAUGAUCAAGAUCUCCGCCGAUACCCUCAUCUGCCUGAGAACCGAGUGCGCCACGACCGCCGAUCUCAUCCAACAGGAAAUCCGCACUCUGGAGGUGAACUUCCUCAUUCAAAGCAAUAGCAUUGUUGUGUCACAAGCUGAUGUUCCGAAUGGUUGUGCUAGUUCGUUGUCAAACGUUGUCCCGCGGAGUCCAUUGGGCUCCGCUAGUUCUUGCCAGUCUCCUCAGGGCCAUCCCUGGCAAAUAAUGGGGAAGCUAAUCAAGCUCUUCAGCCGUGUAAUGAUCCUGAGGAAUCUAUUGUUCCAACUUGGAACGGAGUUCGAGGAGAGCAAUCGACGCGCACUUGGCCUUUGGUUAUCUGUCGUUGUCCUGUCCGAUGAUGUGUGCCAAGGAAUAUGUGCGAGAGUCAGUACGCUGGAGGCCAUGAUGUCUCGGACGGAUUCGGACGUUCGAGCGAGUCUGAAGGAGCUUGGGGCGUCUUCGGAGGACACGAGGCGUCUAGUCGCUGCCCUGAAAAAUCUGCGUCGAUAUGCAGGUGCUUUUCAGCAUGAAAUUCUGAUCUUUCAGAGGUUUUGGUGCGCUAUGCCAUCUGCCGUGAAAUGUUCAUCGAGCCGCGUCGGUUUUACCGAUACACUCCAAAGCACGGAACUGUGGGAAUUCGGAACUGUUUGAUUUACCGAGUAGUGAAGGCAGAUUAUCAUUUUUAUUCACAAAAAAAGCGAAGUUGAAAAUGAAGAAAUUUCCUCUCCGUGCGUGAUUCAGAGAGCAAAUGCAAAAGAGCUCCGAUUUUGGGGCGAAAAUUUA